CAAGCUUUAGCGGGUAAUUCGUACGAGUUUCACAAGCAGCAGCUACAAACCAACCGAGAAAAGAAGAUUCACAGCACAAAUCCGCUUGUUUUUAAAGCAAAAACAUGUCCAUUUAAAGAGGAAAACAGAAGAAUUGUCCCUUAAAGGAUUUGAUCACAGUUUUCGGUGCUUUUUAUUCAGCCGACAGGAGUUUCAGAUGGAGAUGAAGUGUUUAUCUCUGAAGGAUCUGAUUAGUGUGAGGAAGAUUAAGACAGGGUCAGAUGAUACUGACACCAUGAAUGAGCAGAAAGAGAAUAUUUGCGUGGAGAGGAAAAUAAUGACCCCGCUGAAGUCUGACUACCGGAGAGUUUGCAGUCCGGAUAUCACACACAUCACCCCUAUCAAACACCCGGAGAAGAGCCAUCCGGACCCCUGGACCCCCACAGCAAACCUAAAGAUGCUGAUCAGCGCGGCCAGCCCGGACAUCCGGGACAGAGAGCUGAAGAAGACGCUCUUCAGACCCAUUGAGAACGAGGAGAAGGUGACGGAGGAGGAUGAGGAUCUUGAUGACUCGUGUCAGUUUGAAGUAUUAAAUGAUUCUGAAAGAAGGCCGAGUCGCAAACAGAAGAGUCUUGGGCUCCUGUGUCAGAAGUUUCUUGCAUUGUACCCUGAUUACCCAGAACCCUCAGAGAGCAUCAACAUUUCUCUGGAUGAGGUGGCCACGUGUUUGGGUGUGGAGAGGAGACGCAUCUAUGACAUUGUGAACGUGCUGGAGUCCCUGAAGCUGGUGAGCAGAAUGGCCAAGAAUCUGUAUGUCUGGCAUGGUCGACCACUGCUCUCAAAGACCCUCGAGGAGCUAGAGCAGACGGGCCGAGAGCAGGGAUACCAUCUGCUGAUGGACCAGAGAGACGGAAGCAGCCCGCACGUCGCACAGCACACGCAAAACACACACGUGGCCUCUAGUCGGAGGAAAGAUAAAUCGCUGCGCAUCAUGAGCCAGAAGUUUGUCAUGUUGUUCCUGGUGUCAAAAACACGCACCGUCACGCUGGACACGGCUGCUAAGAUACUGAUCGAGGAGGGUCAAGAUGAUUCCAGCCACAGCAAAUAUAAAACUAAGGUACGACGCUUGUAUGAUAUCGCGAACGUCCUCACCAGCCUCAGUCUGAUAAAGAAACUUCACGUGCGAGAAGAGAACAGCCGGAAGCCCAUCUUCAAAUGGAUUGGACCCUCUGAUUUCCGCAGUGAUUCAGAGAGUUUGGAAGUGUCAGAAACUCACACCGUCACAGGAACAGCAGAGCGACGAGAGAAGAUGGUGCGACAUUCAUCUUUUCAGGUCGUUCCUACCCCUCACGUCAAUCGAAGACUGAUAAACUCUGCCCCCAGCACACCUCACAGAGACGGCAAAGACGAGCCGGUGGAUUUCUCCAGGAAAAGUGUUAGCAGUGUUGCAUGUCGACUGCAGUUUGAAGACAGUCCCAGAGCGCCCUCUGCUGGCUCCACAUCUGUCGCUGUGUCCCUUCAGCCGGAGACUCCAUACACAGCUCAGUUUACGCCGCAGACGCUGGCGUACCUGCCUCAGACCCCUGUGCUCAUGUUGUACAGCAGCCAUGUCCCUGAGGGCAUCAUUCAGGGUCAGAGAUCACCCAUCACAGAUCAGAAGAGAGAGCGAGAGGAGGAUGAAAAUCAGGCCGUUAAAAGAAGCAAACACUCUGCGUCUACAGAAAGCGAGACGGCUGAGAGCGAAUGUCUCGACACCAGAGAAGGUUCACCCGUGAACGGACAUGUGAAGGAAGACGGUGUGGAAAAGCGCAGUAAUACAGACCCCCAUCAUUCCUCUCAGUAUCUCUAUGUUUCAAACACAGCAGGACUUAAUGGUCUGAACGGUCUAAACUUCCUCAUGCCGGCAGGGCACACACAUGGAGGCAUGUCGGCCGUAGCCGUCCCAUACUUCCUUGUGCCCUCACCUCUCAUAGCGGGCACAGUGCCUACGUCCCGUGCUGAAGGGGCUGCUGGCAGCAGUAUGAGUUUUAGCAUGCCCACAGUCCUUUCACCCGCUCGCUUUGUGAUGGCAGGCGGAGCGUUUAGUAUGUCCGAUAAGGUCAACAAUGCCGAGCAUCAUGGGUACAGAGGACCAGGCUCCACGCUGUCACCUCAGGGGCUGAGAAAAGAGAGCCCUCGACUAGUACAGAUGCAGGUUCAGACUCCUUCAACGCCAAAGGAAGCAGCACUGUGGUCAAAGUCUUUCUUCGAGACGCCUGGAGCUUUUGGAUUACUUGCAUCACCACCAGCGGCACGGAAAAGAGGCUCCGCCCAGAGGAAGCUGGACAUCGAACACUCUUCCAAUUAAAUUUAGAGCUUCGUGUAAGCGUUCAGUUUAUGGUGCUGCAAUUCCAAAAGGAAAAACCGCAUAACACGGUAAAGACUAGCUCGAAUAACUGUAUUAUCGGUGAACAUUUCACAUUUUCUGAACAUCAGAUGAGUGCAGGUAUUAAAACUCGAGUUCAGGGUUUGUCUAAAGAGUUCCAGCUGUUACACGCCCUCUUGUGGCUGGUUUUCCCCCACAUUCUUUUUAUUUCACCCCAUCUGAGAGUAUAUUGGAAGUGCAUUUAAUAUUAAUCUUAUUAAUUCCAGGGGCGAUAAUCCAUAAACAAGCCAGUCUUGGCUAUCCGCUCGAGCACUACAUUAUUUUAAAUGUGAAUUGAGACGGGAUCGGUCUCUAAAAGCCACCUUUAAUCUGUACAGAAAGCUGUACGUAUAUGUACACGAGUCUGCUCGACUGUACAUUUAUUUGCAUUAGUAAGUUACACUUUAAAAAAGAGAAAAAGGGGCCAAACGGUCUGACGCUGACAUGCCUUACAAAUAAUUUUGUGUGAAACUUGACCAAAGCUUUAACCCGAUACGUCAAUUAUGAGGAACAGCACUCUUCAGGGUUGAAGUGAGGUAUGUAAAUUAAACUUGAUGAGCAUAAGAGGAACAUUUAUUUGGGGAUUUAAUAAAAAAAUAAUGGUUGUGAUUUUUGAGGUAUUGUUUAGUUUUCAGGUGUUACGUCUGUGGAUCAAAAUGGAAAUUAAAACUUGAAAUACUUGAAAACGCCAGUGAAUUUGAUCUCUGAUCACUGGAGUUAUUAUCACAGUACUGUAUCACUUGAAACAAAGUAUGUUUAUGUAUUAAUUGUUUUAGACUAGUAAUAAAUUAUUAUUUUUUAAUUCCAGUUACAUUUGGAUGAAUUUUACACCCUAGUGUGUACUCUGUACAGAGUUAUUGUACCUGGACUCAGCAUUGAAUAUUUUUCUAUACAUGUUAAUUUCUGUAUAUGUCAGUGUUGAAAUGUCUUUGCUGGAUGUUUACGGCUGUUUCACCUUCAAGGAAGGCACUGCUAAAUCUAUAUGGUGCUUUUGUGUGUGCUUUGUUUGAUGCUUUUAAUGAUUAUUUUGUGUACAAAUACACAUCGGUCUGUUGUAAUACAGGUGUUGUAUCUGGAUUUGAAUUAUAAAUUAAAUGGAUUUAAAAAUGUU